UCCCCGUUGGGCUUCCUGUGGUACAAAAUUGCUGACCAUCAUCACGCAGGCGCUUGUCGUUGAGAAAUCCAAGAUGGAGGAGACUGUUGAGUCUUUGAUAGACCGUGCCGUGGAUCCGGCGAAGACUCAAGAUAGCUCAGAGUAUUUCAUAGCUGUCUGGGACAAAGUUAACAAGACUACCGAUGGACCACAGGUAGCGACUCGAUAUCUCGCUCAAAAAGUCAGAAGCGUCAACGAGAGGGAAUCAUUGGUUGCGUUGGAGUUGAUUGAAGCAUGUGUGAAAAACUGUGGACAAAAAUUCCACCAAGAGAUUGGAAAAUACAAGUUCCUCAAUGAACUCAUCAAAUUGCUUUCGGCAAAGUAUGAUGGACAGUGGACUGCCCCGUCUGUCAAAAGCCGCAUUAUAGAACUAUUGUAUAGCUGGACAAAGGGUCUUCCUAAAGAAACCAAGAUCAUGGAUGCUUACAAAAUGCUCAAGACUCAAGGUGUUGUUGCUAAGGACCCAAUAGAUCCAUAUCUCUUUGCAUAUGAGGAAACGCAAGCUAAACGACCACCCAGACAGGAUACGAUAUUUGAAGAGGAUGAGGAAAAGUCCAAGCUUCUUGCCCGGUUAUUAAAAAGCAAGCACCCUGAGGAUUUGCAAGCGGCCAACAGACUGAUCAAAACAAUGGUCAGACAGGAUGAAAUAAAGAAUGAAAAGGCAGCCAAGAGGACCCAGGAUAUUGAGAUGUCUUGUAAUAAUGCCAAGUUACUAAUGGACAUGCUCAACCACUACCAGCCAUCAUCCCCAAACCAAGACAAGGAGCUCAUGAAGGAGCUGUAUUCGUCUUGCGAAAAAAUGAGACCCACUCUUUUUAGACUGGCAAGUGCAGCUACUGAAGAGGGAGAUGCAGGCUUAGCCGAGAUCCUCAGAGCAAAUGAUGAGCUCACAAGAGUAAUAGAUGAGUACCGCAAGAAGGUUGGGGUCAGUGAGAGCUCACCAGCACCUGAGGUGCCUGGGACCUCAUCACUGCCUCCAUCACAGCCCCAAGCCACAGCAGACCCUACUGGAUCGUCACUGAUCGACCUGGGGCUUACCUCCGAUAGUCCGACUAAGGAGCAAGGCUUGUCUUCUGUCUUGGAGAAUGAACUGUUAGCUUUGGGGUUACAAGAUGCACCAGCUCAGACAAUGGCUACUUCCCAAGGACUUCCAUCAUCAGUAAGCCAGAACACCUCUCAAAAUUCCUGGAAUUUUCCUGGCUACUCCCUACCAUCUUAUUCCCAAGCCACCUCCACCGUCGGGAUGGUCCGCCCAGUGUCGUCCAUGCCUCACCAAAUGUCAGGGGGAGGGGCAUAUCCUGGUGGUAUGUACCAGACCCCUAGAGGAUAUGGUCCUGACAUGAGGAUGCCCCAGGUACCCGGACUCAUGCAGCAAAAUGUCCCUAUAGGAAUGGGACACUUAGGGCCACGAGGUGUGGCGCCAGUACAACCUUCAGGUAUCAACCAGUCCCCAGCAAGCCGACCCACUCCACCACCAAACAAACGUGGCACAGAAGCACUGAAAACGCCCACAACCUCUCUAGACCUUCUAGGGCAAGAGUUCCUACAGAACCAGAAACAACAACAGAAGCAUAAGCAGGUUGUCUUACCUCUCCCUCCUGCCUCAGCCACGCCCCCUCCAAGCAGUGACGGGGCACUUCUGGACCUUGGGCUUGACCCCGUCCCAUCUGCCCCCACCCAAGCACCUACCCCAACUCCCGCCGCGCCCACCCAUGCACCCCCUGCACCUAUGACUAAUGGGGCAGACCUGGCCAUCCCACAGAUGCAAGUUGCUGGGGAGCCAGUCGGGCUGGACAAUGUCUUUGUCCCACUCGAUUCAGUUCUGCCAGGAGACCACGCACCGCUGACUGUCUUAGACAAAAAAGGUAUUCGGAUGAUCUUCCAUUUCGCCAAGACGACGACGGAUCUGAGCCGUUCGGAUGUGAUUAUUGUGGUGAUCUCCACCACUAGUAGCCUCAAGUCCGCUGUGAAAGGCUUUGUCGUGCAGGCAGCGGUGCCAAAGUCGAUGCGAGUGAAGCUCCAGCCACCGUCCGGAUCCGACUUACCGCCCUACAACCCAAUCCUUCCCGCGUCAGCAAUCACGCAAGUCAUGCUUAUAGCCAAUCCGACAAAGGAAAAGGUGCGUUUAAAGUUCAAAGUCAUGUACGAGGUAGAUGGUGCAACGGCAGUGGAGACGGGCGAAGUCGAUAAUUUUCCGCUCUCCUGAAUUCUCUGGGCGACGCAAUCGAAAUAUUACAGCGCAACCAGAAAAACCGUGAACACCUAAAAUAUGUGUGAAAUGUGAAUCAGACGCGAGAAUUUAGACACUGAGACAUAUUGAGACUUGUUUCUAGUUGACUGUUUGAAUAUCUCGCGAGUGAUUGGUCAGAACAAACAUUCCAUACAUAUUUCCGGUGUUCACGGUUUUCUUGGUCGCGCUGUAAUUGGGCAAGUUCGUCGGCUGUGCAUCAAGGUGGAUUUACAUUCACCGAUUUGUCUGAUGGAUUUGUCAGCCAAGAACAUUCACAAGCUGCGAUUUGGCGGGUAUCUGUUUUGGUCUGAGAAAAAUCUGGCCCGACACUAAACAUCUGUUGAGUAGCGAUAGGUUUUGGAAAAAAAACCGAAUUGAAAAAAAAAAAUACGGCAAAUCAGCGCUUGUAAAUCAGACAGAAGAAGUUCAGAAUAUCGUAAUCAUUCGAUUUAAAGUGUCAAGUCACCCUGGGUAGGGAAAGGGGGGGGGGGGGGGCAGUAUAACUCUUUACAGCUUGAUUUCCGAGUCAAGUGCUUGCUGGAGAGGCGGUAAUAGGGGAAACACGGAAAACGUAUUAAACGGUUUAAACAUGAUAUUUGCUGAUAAAACCCAUAGAUUGUUAUCUAUUUUCGGGCACUGCCACGCCAAAUAUAUGAGGGUUUAUUUUUAUCGAAUUAGAUUGAACUACUAUUGGACCCCUCAAUUCCACAGGAAACGUAUAAAAUUCCAUAAGUAUUGCUCUUUGGUCAAUUACCAAAGCAGUCCAACCAUUGUCCUUAGUAAUCGGAAUUCUGCCGUAGGAUGUUCUUAAAACGUACUAGCCUCGCCCGUACUACCCGUGCUAGCCUCGCCAGGAAUGCUCAAGUCAUUCGCCAACGAGCGAGGCCGUUUCAUUCGUCUACUUCUCAGAAAAUUUAAUAGCUGUAAGUUUACAGUGUGACGCGCGCUACCAUUGCCACCAAUAAGGGUACAAGAAACGUACUAUAUGAUGCGACGCGCUACUGUGAACACCUUGAUAGCUUUGUGAAGUAAGCGCAAUAAGGAUGUGAGAAACGUACCAUAUGAUACGACGCGCGCUACCGUGAACACCUUGAAAGCUUUGUGAAGUAAGCCAAUAAGGAUGUGAGAAACGUACUAUAUGAUACGACGCGCGCUACCGUGAACAUCUUGACAGCUUUGUGAAGUAAGCCAAUAAGGAUGUGAGAAACGUACUAUAUAAUACGACGCGCGCUACCGUGAACACCUUGACAGCUUUAUGAAGCCAAUAAGCAAACAAAUGUUAUACCUGAUUGACAUGGCUGUGUAUACACCAAAGCGCGGCGGAAUCAUCCUUCUUAUGAAGUUCGUUACAAUCAAAAUAGUGAAUGUCGUAUGCUGAUUCUCUCUUGUCGUCUUGUUGGCCACGGUAGCACGCGUCGCACUAUAUAUAGUAUAUAUAUAUUAUAACUGAUCCAUAGAUGAAUGAAAUAUGCAGUUUUAGAAGA